AUGGUGGUCAGAAAUGGUCACACCUCAAUCAACGGCGUCCCGGUCGCCGUGGACGACAAAGGGUUCGUCACUGGUCGUGACGGGUCGCUCCUACCCAUCAAGUACCAAGACUUCUACCGCCAGGCCUCGGUCGAGAGAAUGAACAAGAUGGUAGCUGAGAUGGCUAAGAUGAUGGAUGUUUCGAGCGAGAAGGAGUUACAACUACGACCCCCUCGACGACCAGCCUGGGUGCCAGGACCAGAAAUCGGCUUGUUGCCGCAAUUCAAGCUCUCUCGAGAGAAAAGGCGGCUUCCCAAGGAAAUGAAGCAUCUAGUAAAUUGCCUCUCUUCAAAGAUGAAUAACCUAGAAUCAACAGUUGAGGCUUCGAUGCAAGUUGUAACGCCAAAGUCAUCAGAACCACCUGGACGAUCCAUGACAUCCACCUGUUGCAACUGCAUUCACUCUCUUCGUCAUCGUCGUCACACUGGUUCUCUCUUAGAAAACGAACAGGCUAUCGGCAGGGAUGAUGAUUUCGUGCUUCGAGCCAUGCACGACGUGCAUUCGGUCGUUCGGGAUAUGGAGCACGUGAGUCACCAACUGUCCAAGAGUUACAGCACCAUGCGGAAGACGAUCUGCGAGGCAGAGGGAAGCAACUGGGCACUGGCGAAGACGGUAGAAGCCUCUUGCACGGGAGCGCUUUCUUUAGAGAAAGAAGAGGCUCACGUUGUGUCACAGUACUAUAAUCUAGUCAAGACAUUAGCAUGGCUACAAAAGAAGAGAAAUGAAAACGAAGCAAAAUAUCAAGAGAUGGAGUCUACCAAUCAGAGACUGAUUGGACGGGUACAAGAGCUUGAAGGUCAAGUCCAAGAAAUGUCCACCAAUGAGAGAUUGGUGGAACGGCUACAAGAGCUUGCGGAUAAGGUUGGAGAGACGUGCACCGUCGAAUCGGGCCAAGUCAACCCAACGGCAUGUCAAAGUUCACCAAAAAACACAAGAGAAAUUGCAGAGUCUUCAUCAUUAGGUGACUCUAUCAACGAUGGGGAAGAAGGAAUUGUCGGUAGAUACGAAAAAGACCCUGCAGCAAGCUGGUUUAAUGCCUUCCUAGCACAUAAUCAGAACUGGAAAGGACUACAUGACCUUAGUGAUAGCCAGAAGAAGAAUAUAAAAGUCCUCCAUGAACUGAAGGUCGAAUGUGGCACAAUCAACGAUCAGAACAAACGCCUGACGAGCAGACUAAGCAUUGCCGAAAUAAACUCCGCUAAACAUCAAGAUCGGUUACGGGAUCUUUCAAAAGAGAAACAAAAUUUACAACAGAGACUGCAGACUUCACAGAAACUCUUGCAAUAUGCUCAGAAGUCACUGGUCAGCCAACCAGAUGACGUUAAGGCACGAAGGGAAGACGUGAAUGGCCGGAUAGCAAGCUACCGAGUUAGCCAAUCAAAGAACGAUAAGUACGGCGGCGUCUUCUGA